AUGUCGACGGGGGCACCGUCGCUGAGCGUGGAUCUCACACCACCAUCCAAUGGACACAAUUAUGGUCACAGUCGCAGUCGUGGUGGUCACUCUCGAUCCAACCGCUGGGCGCAACCUCCACCACCCCUCUCAAAACCAGUUGAUGCCAGCUUUCCUGAACACCCGGAACCAAUCAAUGCUGUGAACUCGAGUUAUUCAUAUAGACAUACACAUCAAUCAUCGGGGCACAAUCAGCACGCACACACGCACUCGCAUUCCAGUAUUCACCACAAUCACAACCAUAGUGUGUCAUCUCUUCACCAUGAUGCACUAGAUGAUCACCAUUUGAAAAACUCCAAUGGUGUUCAUGGAAUGUUAUCUACGGAUACAACUAUACAGGCAGGCUAUAGUUCAGAGAAAGUCCACGAGCUUUUAAUUGGCACACUCAUCGUGUUGCCGUGGGUUGCGCUUUCUUGGUACCAGAGACAAUGCGCUCAAAACCAAAAGCUAUCUGGCGAAGGUAUACCUGGUACGACAGCGAGUAUUUCUAUCGGACAAGUUGGUCAAAAGACCUGCCUUUUGACAGCGAUCGCGCUCGUCCUCUUCGGCUGUGGUCAAAUACUACGGAUCAACCACCAAAAGGCUGGCUCGCCCAGGCUCUCAUCCGUUAACUUGCCGAAACUAAAUGUGAAGAGCAUCCAAGCCUCACUUUCACAGAUUGUUUCAGUGGCACUGCCAAUAUUUGCAGCACUCAAGGUCGGAGGCUUUUUGGUUGCAUUUGCGCUGCUCCUUGCCACCGCAUCGGGGGUUCCAGCCUUCAUCAAUGGGGCCUCGCACACUCAAGAGAAAUACAGUCGCAAGAUUCUAUCCAUUGCUCUGCUAAUGGUGAUUAUUAUAUCGAGUUUCCUUGGUCUAAACCAUGCUUGGGAUGUAUCUCCAGCCAUUGGAUAUGCUGCCCUAUUAGGAUCUGUUUUUGUGGCCCCUCCCCCAUUCCCCUCCCUCCGCCAGAAUGGACCUAUUCCUGAGCCAGGUCUGGUUGCUGCACAGAGCAAGACUUCACACCCGAGCCGCUCCUCUGUUGUGGUUACAACUGAUGCACCACUGGCUGUUGUAUCCGGGUUAUCCCUUGCGCUCCUAACAAUACUUUUCAACCGAGAGUUUGUCUUCGGUGUCUCGGAACUGAUAUACCUUCUUAUUCCCACAGGUAUUUUUGCUACUUCUCUCAUGGUUUCCCUGCCCCCUAGCCUCCGCUCUCCCCAAAAGACCGGACUCGCCAUUUGCGCCGGAGCUGCAGCUUUUCUGUGUUCCCCACAUUCCCAGGAUGACUUAAUCAUGGUUUAUGCCACACGUGGUAUCUUGGCUACGGCCUCGUUCUUCGUCUCUCGAAGAGAUGACAUGCAUUUGCAUACAGAUUCGCAUACACAUAACCACACGCACAGCCAUUCAUAUUCGCACGCCACCUCGGAAUCCUCCAGGGUAUCAAAGUGGCUUCUCCAUAAAAGCGAAUCGUACCCGUUGCUACACAGCAUUCUCAAGGAAAAGGAUUCCCGGAGCAUCUUCUACUUUAUGUGCCUGAAUUUCACCUUUAUGCUUGUCCAGUUAUCAUAUGGCUUCCUCACUGGAUCACUGGGACUGCUUAGUGACAGUAUUCACAUGUUCUUUGAUUGUCUUGCGCUGGUUGUUGGUUUAUGUGCCGCUGUCAUGAGCAAGUGGCCCCCCAACGCUCGGUUCCCCUAUGGCUAUGGCAAAGUUGAUACUUUGUCGGGAUUUGCCAAUGGAAUUUUCCUCAUGAUUAUCAGCCUGGAGAUCGUAUAUGAAGCGGUGGAACGUCUCUCAUCUGGGAGUGAGGUGCAUCGUCUUGGCGAGCUAUUGAUCGUCAGUAUUGCUGGUCUCGCAGUCAACUUGGUCGGAAUCUUCAGUUUCGAACACGGUCAUGCUCAUGGCGGCCAUGAUCAUGGUCAUGAUCAUUCUCAUGGCAAUGAGAACAUGCACGGUAUCUUCUUGCACAUUCUUGCCGAUACGCUUGGUUCAGUGGCAGUCGUCAUCUCGACCAUUCUCGUCCAUUACUCCGGUUGGGCUGGCUACGAUCCAUUGGCAUCGUGCUUCAUUGCCAUAUUGAUCUUCGCCUCGGCCGUUCCUUUAGUUAGCAGCACGGCCAAAACACUAUUGCUCACUCUGCCAGCCGAUACCGAAUAUAAUAUCCGGGAAACACUAGCGGGAGUCAGCACUUUGAGGGGCGUGGUGAGUUAUACAGUGCCUAAAUUCUGGCUUGAUGAUACGGGGACGGUAUCUUCCGGGCAUAGCCAUUCCCAUGACCAUUCCACCCAUGGGGAUUGUGAUCAUCACCAUGAUCAUAGCCACAGUCAACAUCAUCAUGGUCAUGAUCAUGAGCAGCACCACGACCACGACCACGAUCACGGUCACAGCCACGGCCAUGACCAUGACCAUGACCAUGACCACGAACAUGCGCAUGAAAAGAAACCCCAGACCAUUUUCGGAGUGAUUCACAUCAUUGCUUCUCGGGGCGCAGAUUUGGAAGACGUACGUAAACGGACCGUUGACUUUCUUGGAGAGAAAAAUAUGGAUAUACUCGUCCAGGUUGAGCGCGACGGAGAUGCGCGCUGUUGGUGUGGCGGUGGAAGCAAGGGCUUUUGA